AUGGCCGAACUCAAGUCGCUGGGCGGCGAGGCGUACCUGGCGCUGGCCCCGGGCUACGGCCCGUCGGCUUUCGCUUACGGCGGCGCCGAGGGCCCGCGGGGCGCCUACGCGGGGGGCGGCGGGGCGGACUUCCACCCCGGGGCGCUGGGCAAGUCGGCGGAGAGCAGCGGCGAGCAGAGCGGCGACGAGGAGGACGGCUUCGAGGCCGGGGUGAAGGGCGGCGCGGCCUUCGAGAGGGAGGGCAAGCUGAAGGCAGCGGCGCUGGGCAAGAAGCCCAAGGAGCAGCGCUCGCUGCGCCUCAGCAUCAACGCGCGGGAGCGGCGGCGGAUGCACGACCUGAACGACGCGCUGGACGGGCUGCGUUCCGUCAUCCCGUACGCCCACAGCCCCUCGGUGAGGAAACUCUCCAAAAUCGCCACCCUGCUGCUGGCCAAGAACUACAUCCUCAUGCAGGCGCAGGCUCUGGAGGAGAUGCGGCGGUUGGUGGCCUACCUGAACCAGGGCCAGGCCCUCAGCGCCCCGCUGCCCGCCACCCUCAACCCCUUCGGACAGACGGCCGUGUAUCCCUUCACCGGCACGGCCUUGCCCGGCUGCCCCGAGAAAUGCACUGCCUUCACAGGAGCCGCCUCUGCACUCUGCAAACACUGCAGCGACAAGCCUUGA